AUUAGAAUGAAUAAUUAAUUUUCCAUUGCGUUGGUUGUGAAUUCCGAUUUUGCUCCCUUACGUUAUAUUUAUAUGCAAGAGAGCUCGGAAUUCUGCUCUCCGUCGUUUCUCUCUCUUUGGGAAUUCUACAGAGAGGGCGAAAAUCUCCGAAGCUUCCUCUAAUGGCGGGGUUUUAGGGUUUGAAUUCUUUAAUUGGUUUCUUCAACUUCUACUGCAAUGCCUGGAAUUCUACUGGAUGGAGUUGAUGCAAACGAGGCAUCCAAUGAGUUGAAUUCUUCACAAAUUAAAGAGAAUCUAUCUACACCAAAAUCUCCUCGUGGUUCUCCAAGCCCUAUGAGUGCUCCAAGCGAGGCCCUGGAGCUCCCUGUUGAGAGUUGUGUGGAGCCCUCGAUCGAGCAGUUGUAUGAUAAUGUUUGUGAGAUGGCAAGCUCCAGCGAUGGGUCCUUAUCUCGGCAGAGCUUUGGAUCUGAUGGUGAGGAAUCAAGGAUCGAUUCGGAGCUGCGCCAUCUUGUUGGUGGGGAGAUGGAAGCUAUUAGAGUAAUGGAAGAGGAGGAGGAUGUAGGUGUCGCUAAUGUGGUCACCGGAAUGGAAAAUGGGUCAGCUGACAGGAAACAUGAGAACCCAGUCAAGGCGCAAUCUUCCCUUAUGUCUUCUGAAUCAUCGAAAAGAUCUAAGAAGCCUUCUCGAUCACAAGUGGAGUCAGAUGCAUCCCUGAAAUCCAGUCCGAAGAACAAAGGCUGGUCCCCUGAGAAAGGUGAUAAAAGUGUAGCCAAGCCAAGCAGUAGAACUGGCCGCACUAAGAAACUGAAGAAUUAUUCACCAGGAGAGGCAAAGACACAAAAUGGAACUGAUAAUCCAUCUGAAGCAGGGUUGGAUAACCCAGAUCUCGGGCCUUUCCUUCUUAAACAUGCAAGGGAUUUGAUUGCUUCUGAUAACCCACGGAGAGCUCUGAAAUAUGCCCUUCGAGCAGCAAAAUCAUUUGAGAAAUGUGCUGCUGGGAAGCGCAGUUUGGACUUAGUAAUGAGUCUUCAUGUUAUUGCUGCAAUCUACUGCAAUUUAGGACGGUUUGUUGAGGCUGUACCUGUGCUUCAGCAUUCGAUUGAGAUACCUGUCCUUGAAGAAGGCCAGGACCAUGCCCUUGCCAAAUUCUCUGGUUAUAUGCAAUUGGGAGAUAUUUGUGCCAUGUUAGGUCAGCUUGAGAACUCAAUACAGUGCUACACAACCGGGUUGCAAAUCCAGAAGCAGGUCUUGGGCGAUAUGGACCCAAGAGUUGGUGAGACUUGUCGCUACAUAGCCGAAGCACAUGUACAGGCUCUGCAAUUUGAUGAAGCAGAGAAGUUGUGCCAGAUGGCCCUUGACAUCCAUAGGGAGAAUGGCGCACCGGCUUCUCUUGAAGAAACAGCAGACCGGAGGCUCAUGGGUCUCAUUUGUGAUACCAAGGGAGAGCAUGAAAAUGCUCUCGAGCAUCUCGUCUUAGCAAGCAUGGCUAUGGUGGCCAAUGGCCAGGAAACAGAUGUAGCUUCGGUGGAUUGCAGCAUUGGAGACAUCUAUCUCUCCUUGUGUCGAUAUGAUGAGGCUGUUUUUGCAUACCAAAAAGCACUCACUGUCUUCAAAUCGGCCAAAGGGGAGAAUCAUCCAACUGUAGCUUCUGUCUUCGUGCGUCUUGCUGAUUUGUACAACAAGACAGGGAAGCUCAGGGAAUCGAAGUCAUAUUGUGAAAAUGCCCUUCGAAUCUAUGGCAAGCCUAUUCCAGGGACCUCUGCUGAGGAAAUUGCUAGUGGCCUCACUGAUGUUUCUGCCAUAUAUGAAUCGAUGAACGAGCACGAGCAGGCACUGAAGUUACUUCAGAAAGCCUUAAAGAUGUAUAAUAACUCUGCUGGCCAACAAAGCACGAUUGCUGGAAUUGAAGCACAGAUGGGGGUGCUGUAUUAUAUCAUUGGGAACUAUGGGGAGUCUUAUGCUUCCUUUAAGAAUGCAAUCACCAAGCUUCGGGCAUGUGGGGAGAAGAAGUCUGCUUUCUUUGGCAUUGCUCUGAACCAGAUGGGGCUAGCAUGUGUGCAGCGGUAUGCAAUUAAUGAGGCCGCGGGGCUGUUUGAGGAAGCCAGAAGUAUUCUUGAACAGGAGUAUGGACCAUAUCAUCACGAUACACUUGGAGUAUGUAGUAAUCUUGCAGGAACCUAUGACGCGAUGGGAAGGUUGGAUGAGGCCAUCGAGAUCUUGGAAUAUGUUGUUGGGAUUAGGGAGGAGAAGCUGGGGACAGCCAACCCGGAUGUUGAUGAUGAGAAGAGGAGGUUGGCUGAGUUGUUAAAGGAAGCUGGGAGGGUCAGAAACAGGAAAGCCAGGUCACUGGAAACUCUCCUUGACACCAACCAGAAUAUUAAAAAGGAAGAUGCCAUUGCAGUAUGAUUGCCCAUUAUUGAUCCGUGCUGUAUUGAUUGCUUGCUUGUAGUUGGGGAAGCGUAAACGAGGCCAGAAGGGCUUAAUCUCACAAGCUUUUGUUUUAGAUUUAUUCUUAUAGAGAUUAUGCUGCUGGUUCUCAAUUGUUUAGAAAUCAUGAAAUUCCAUAGCCGGUUAACAUCAAUUAUGUUAAUGCCAAGAGGGAUUGUAAGUUGUAUAUUUGCCAAGUUACAAGUAGAAUACUAUUUUUCUUUCAUGGUAACUUGUAUCUAA